CCCCGGAUUCAUCACCAGCAGACGUGUGAGGUGGCCUCCCACCCUUCCAGAUUACCAGGGGAAUUACAAAAAAGCUGUACGCCAGGUGUACAGCCGCAUCAAGGACCAAAACGCCCGGGUGGGCGAUGACGUGAGCCUAAACGCCAGGUACUCAAAGCUGGUGAUCGUCAACAAGCACCCCGCAGGCGUGGGCAAGACGAUGACAGCCAGGAAGAUCAUGCUGGACUGGGCAUCCGACAAGAUGUUUGCGGAGUUUGACUAUGUCUUCUACAUCCACUGCCGGGAGGGCAACCUCCUCACCAGCCAGGCCAGCAUGGUCGACCUCAUCACCUGGUGCUGUCCCAGCAGCUCUCCGCCGGUCAGGAAGAUGCUGAAGCAGCCAGAGAGGCUCCUGUUCUUGAUCGAUGGCUUCGACGAGCUCCGCUUUUCCUUCGAUCGGCCCCAGUCCGAGCUGUGCUCCAAUCCCCAGGAGCAGAGGACGGUGGAAAUCACCCUGAGCAGCCUCUUCCGCAGGAAGCUGCUGCCUGAGAGCUCCCUGCUCAUCACCACAAGGCCGGCCGCCCUGCAGAAACUGGGCAAGUGCCUGGAGUGCGAGCGCUACGCCGAAAUCCUGGGGUUUUUGGAGGCGGAGAGGAAGGAGUAUUUCCACAAGUUUUUUGAAAACGCGGAGCAGGCGGCUAUCGCCUUUCAGCCGGCCGCCCUGCAGAAACUGGGCAAGUGCCUGGAGUGCGAGCGCUACGCCGAAAUCCUGGGGUUUUUGGAGGCGGAGAGGAAGGAGUAUUUCCACAAGUUUUUUGAAAACGCGGAGCAGGCGGCUAUCGCCUUUCAGUUCGUCAGAGGGAACGAGAACUGCACCGUUAUGAAGCAGCAGCUCGGCCGCACCGGGGGUCUCACCCAAAGCCCGAAGACGACGACAGGGAUCUACAUCCUCUACCUUUCCGCCCUGCUCCGGUCGCUGAGCGGUGAGCAGAAGCAGGGCAUGCCGGGGGUGCUCAGGAGGCUGUGCUGCCUGGCGGCCAACGGCAUCUGGAAGCAGAAGGUCCUCUUCGAGGAGAAGGAGGUGCAGGGGUAUGCGCUGGACCAGCGAGCCCUCCCGCUCCUCCUCAACGAGCACCUCUUCCAGAAGGACAUCUCCUGCGUCAGCACCUACAGCUUCAUCCACCUCAGCUUCCAGGAGUUUUUUGCGGCGCUUUUCUACCUGCUGGAAGAUGAAGGGGAGGUGCAGGAAUCCCCCACCAGUCCCACCAGGGACGUGAAGGAGCUGCUGGAGAGCUACGGCAACUCCAAGAACUACUUCAUGCUAACUGUGCGGUUCCUCUUCGGGCUCUUAAACGAGGAACGCAGGAGGGAGCUGGAGGAGGAGAUGGGGUGUAAAAUCGCACCCAGGGUUACGCAGGAAUUAUUGGCAUGGCUUCAAACCAGCCAGAAAACGUCCCUAGCUCUUCUGACGCAGGAGACAGCGGUGAUUUCUGAGCUGGAGGUCUGCCACUGCCUGUACGAGCUCCAGGAUGAACAUUUUGUAGCCACCACCCUGGAUACUUUCACAGGGGUCUACCUACGAGGGCUCAACCUUAACCGCUUCGAUCAAAUGGUCCUUUCCUUCAGCAUAAAAAACUUCCCCAAGCUGGAGUCACUUGACCUGGGGCACUGCUCCUUUCUGUGGGACGACCUCGAGGACUGCGCGGGCCCGCAGCCCGCGUAUCG